AUGACCGGUUCAAACAUAAAGGUUGCGUCCGCGAUACUCAAUUGUAUUUUGGCGCGGCAGUUAUGUUUCGAAGAUCCAUCGUGUUCGGCUAUCUUAGAAAUAAUACCCAGAGUAUGUGGGCCUAUACCAGUUUCAUGCAGUACAGUUACUGUGACAAAAUGUCAAGCUGCCUUAAGGACACUACAAGCCUUUCAGUUCUUUCGUCCAACCUGCCUUUGCAAAGAGCCCGGCAUGGAUCCGGAUUGUAAUCAUUUUCGUGAUUUCCUGUUCGACCAUCCAUGCGGAUUUGUGCUAAAGAAAGCCGAAAAGGAUCCAUAUCCCAUAGAUGCAUUGCCGACGUGCAAUCACGCACUGUCUGUGUGCCAGCAGGAGCGCAAAUGCCUGAAGCUCUUCGAGGAUUUUAAAGCGCAUUGUAAAGUGAGAGACAAUAAGUGCAAAAUGGAGAACAGAGAUGCAUGUCACGAUUCGUGGACGAAUUUACGCCUCUCGCCCAUGUUCGGCUGUAUCUGUCCGAAUAAUCAUAUGAAAAAACGCUGUGAUCGUAUAUUUAAUAUUGUAAAUCACAAUCCGUGUGUGGAUAGAUUAAUAUUCUUCCCGGAUGGUGCCAUACCGAAAUUCAAGCAAAAACAAAAGCAACACCACAACCGGACAACUGCAACAUCCUCGUCAUCAUCAUCAUUAUCAUCGUCCUCAUCGCUAGCUGCUAAUGCCACGAAUGGUAACCAGCUCUCGAAUAGUAUAGCAGCGGACGAGGAAGAGGAGGAUGAUUACGAUGAUCGCAUACGCGCUGAAAUCUAUUCAAAUUAUCCGCAUUACCUGCACCCGCCAUCGUGGGGUCUCAACAAUCCGCUAGUAUUGGCCUCACACUCUCCGCACACGUACGACGAUGAAGAUGAAUCGCUAUUGGAGAUACCCGAACAAAAGCAACAAUGGCAGCGCCAACAAAUGGCGGCGCACAAGGUGGACAAAAAUGGGCGGCGUAACAAUGAGGGCAGCAAUAGUGGCACGGGCAUGGAUGGUGAUGAUGUUGUGGUACGUUUGGACACGGAUAGCACUGGUCGUCACUUUUCUGGUCUUGAUACCGGUGUUGGUGUUGGUUUUGGUUUCGGUUCGUCCGGUGUGCUUGAUGAGUCCAUAACUGAUCAUAGCAGCAGCAGCGGCGGCGGGGGCGGCGGCAGCAGUAUCAUCAAUAGUAAUAGCAAUCACGGCACGCACCGCAUGCACGAGUUUGUAGAUGGUUUCACUUUUACAACAUCACCGGCAACUGCAUCAGCACCAGAGUCUGCACUUCCGGCACCGCCACCAACGCACCUACACCACAACAAAAAGCACCAAAAAACUGCAAUUUCAAGCACAAAUUCGCACAAAAGUAUUCAUCUUAGCGACGAAUUAACCACCGGCAGAGAUAAAUUAUCCCACCGUUCGCGCACCUACAAAGGUGAUAGCAUGGAUGAGAGAGUCAGAAUAAUGGGCAUGGACGAGAAAUUGCAUCUGAAAAUGUUCGAAGAUAAUUUGGCGCUCAUUGAUACGCCACUCAUAGCGACAGCGACAAGCACUCACUACCCGGGCACGGUGUCCACCUCAAUGCAUUCGCUGCACGGCAUACUCUUGUACCCGUUCAAUGUAAGCGAUUUUCAGCAGCGUCACGUCGCGCCAGCUGGACAUGAGUCCAGCGCUUUGGAUGUCAUCGACACGGCCAACUCGUACGGCUACGCUCAGGGCAAUGGACAUAGCAGCGGUCAUGGCCACAGUCACGGCAGUGGUGGCGCUGUUUACUAUCAAAGUGGUCAGGAUGUUGAAGUGGACCUCUCAACGGAAAUAAUCAAGCAACACUUUCAGAGUACCUGCCACACAGCAUUGGAUACAUGUCGGGAGGAUGCGUCAUGCUCGUCGUCCUUGCAGCCUAUGUUGAUGCAUUGUGAAAUGCACCGUUGCAAUCGCAAUGCAUGCAUGACAUCACUGCAAGCCUUUUACAAAGGUCCGCACGAGGACUUGAAUUUGGACAUUGCCUUCUGCCUCUGCAAAAAAACAACGAAUCGUCACGACAUGUGCAUGAUUGCACAGGAAAAACUCCAUCCAACUUGUGCACAAAGGCCAGCCGAUAACAGUAAUCAGCAGGGUUCAAAUGGCAUAUACUACCACCCGCCACCGUCCUGCCAUUCGGUGGCCGAAAACUGUAAAGAGGACCGUGAGUGCAGGCUCAAAUUGGAGUACUACGAACAGGCCUGUGCGGUGGAUAGUGUGACAAAGAAAUGCGCCGGACGACCCAGUGGCUGUCGCACGGCUAUGAUUGGAAUACUUGGUACGAUGUUGCGCACAACCUGCGCCUGUCAGGGCUCCGAUCCGCAGUACCUCUAUCAGUGUGUGGGCUGGCGGCGCUUACUCUGGCUUAAUCCAUGUGUUGUUGAGGCUCAAAAAGAUUUUCACAUGAAGCGUCUGGCCGAAUUGGGUUAUCUAACGACUACAACAACAACAACCACAACGACCACGACAACAACAACACGCGCACCGCCGCCACCUCCACCGCCCCCAGUGUUGACAACAGUUACCACAACAACAACACACCGUCAGCCGCCAACAUCACCAAGGCAGACAUCACGAAAACAGGCGACGCACAUCUUUCGUGGAUAUCCGCCAAAGGGAAAAUCGGAACCCACAUCCAUGGAGGACAAUUAUAUCGAACAGCCAGAUUCGAUACCUUUGCAUAGCGGAAAUGAGGAAAACGGAAAUGCCGGAAAUGGCGAUUAUCAUAGCGGGAAAGGCAAAAGCAACGGCAACGGCAAUGGGGGCAAUGGCGGCAAUGGUAAUGGAAGCGGCAGAAGUAACGCCAAUGGUAACGGUGGCAAUGGCGCUGGUAGCGCUACCAGUGCGACUGUCAAUGCGGCUCGCCACGGCAAAAAUGGCAAAAAUAAUAAAAAUGGCAAGAACUCAAAGCACAACAACAACAACAGCGGCAAUGGAAAUGGAAAUGGAAACGCCAGCAAUGGUGGUGGUCAUGGCGCUGGUGCUGGGGCUGUUUACAAAAACGGCCACGACAGUAACAACCAUGUCGCUACAGCGGAAGCAACAGACGCUGGCGCCGCCGUUGGCGCAGCUCAUGGUAAUGGAAAAGAUUUUGGCGAUUUCGAUGAUCAGCUGAUUUUAGUGGAACAAAUUCAAACAACCGAAUAUGCGGACAACAGUGCAACGGAAUCAACGGUCACAACGACCACAACAGCGGCGACUACAACAACAACGCAAGCACCAAGAAAUUGCGUUGUUCAGCGUCCACAUCAAUCAGAUCAGUUAAUACGCGAAGGAUCCAGCAAGAGGAUCUACUCUUUAGAUGACGCAGAAUGCAGUGAACUGUGCAGUUGUGGUGAAUCACUAACACUAACCUGCCAUGCGCUCUGCGUGCCCUUUGCGCCCUGCCGCACCGCAUUGGCCUUCUACAGUCAUGCAUCGCCCGCUUAUCAGGCAUUCCGUGGACGCUGCCUCUGCUAUUCGGGUCGCUUUAUUUGCAUGAAGCCACCCUUGGGCGAAUAUACGUUGCCAGGCGGCGUCUUUCUUCUACUUGGCUACAGCUCAGCCGACGAGGCGCUUCUGCGCCCACAUACCAAUCUCGGCGUGCAGGAUGCCGUGAGAGCAUUGCAGCAGUACGUUACUACACACAUAGACAACCAGACUCAAUGUACGCUAACGCUCUUCAACAUGACCGAUGAGAAUAUCAUAAUUGCCGCUCGUCUGCCACACGAUGCUAAACUCAAAGCCAUUGAACUGCUUGGUAAAGAGAAGGAUGAAUGCACUUCUAUACUGAAAACCAUCAGCCAUCAUAUCAACACCGAGCAUCACGAAUUGCAAUCCCACCGACUAUUGAGCAUUUUCAAAAUGUCCGAAGUCGAAGUAGUUUGGCCGGAAAGUAGUCAAGCAGCCGCACAGCUGCACAAUGGACCCACAACGUUCCUCAUGCCACUGGCACUAUUGGUGUCCAUCAUUACAACGGCGCUGCUAAGUGAUGGACCCGACUCGCUGUUAAGAGGUGUGUGGCGCAGCGAAGGAUUCACGCCAACAACAUGACCCACAGCACAAACGUAAUCGCAAGUAAGAAAUAUGAUAA